CUAGUAGAUUUUUCCCGAAAUCCAACACUUAUCGCGUUCAAUUUCAGAUUGAUACGAAACUAUCACCCCGAUGCAACGGAUCGCCACGUUUCUGAUUUUGAUUUGCGAAAUCCUCUGAUUGGACGAAUAAAUAGGCACUAAUUGGAUGUAUUCUCUUUUUAGUUUUUCGACUCUCACUCACCUUAUAAGGAGUAAUUCAGUGUCAUAAGGGUUUUUUUACAAACACUACGUCUGCAACACCAUGAUGAACCUUUUCCUUACCAGAGCCGCUAGGGUUUCUUCUCUUACCAAACACAAUGCUGUUGCUGCUUUCAAUUCUUCUCGGUGUGUCCAUUCAUUACCAAUUCCCGCCACAGUAGAGGCAGAGGAGAUAUCUGGUGCAAAGCCUGCUGAAGUUUUGAACUUGGUGCAGGGUAAAUGGAUUAGAUCAUCAAACUGGAAUACAAUUCUGGAUCCUUUAAAUGGAGAGCCAUUUAUUAAAGUUGCUGAAGUUGAGGAAUCAGGCAUUCAGCCCUUUGUGGAAAGCUUGUCCAGCUGUCCCAAACAUGGUUUACACAAUCCCUUUAAGGCACCAGAGAGAUAUCUUUUGUAUGGAGACAUAACUACUAAGGCAGCUCACAUGCUAUCACUCCCUAAGGUUACAGAUUUCUUUGCAAAGCUAAUCCAGAGAGUUUCUCCAAAGAGUUAUCAGCAGGCUUUUUCUGAAGUUUUUGUGACACAAAAGUUUCUAGAGAAUUUCUGCGGAGAUCAGGUUCGCUUCCUGGCUAGGUCUUUUUCAGUACCUGGAAAUCAUCUUGGACAGCAAAGUCAUGGUUUUCGUUGGCCAUAUGGUCCGGUGGCAAUUAUUACUCCUUUUAAUUUCCCCCUAGAGAUUCCAGUCCUUCAACUAAUGGGUGCACUUUAUAUGGGCAACAAGCCAGUCCUUAAAGUCGAUAGCAAGGUGAGCAUUGUUAUGGAACAAAUGCUGCGCCUUCUUCAUUCCUGUGGCUUACCUACAGAAGAUGUAGACUUCAUAAAUUGUGAUGGAAAGACAAUGAACAAGCUGCUGCUAGAGGGAAAUCCAAGAAUGACCCUUUUCACUGGUAGUUCAAGAGUGGCAGAGAAGUUGGCUGGUGACUUGAAGGGCCGUGUUAAAUUAGAAGAUGCUGGGUUUGACUGGAAAAUAUUGGGCCCUGAUGUUCAUCAGGAAGAUUACAUUGCAUGGGUAUGUGACCAGGAUGCAUAUGCAUGCAGUGGUCAAAAGUGCUCAGCACAAUCGUUGUUAAUUAUGCACGAGAACUGGUCCAAGACUUCCUUGGUAUCUAAGUUGAAAGAACUUGCUGAGCGAAGAAAGCUAGCAGACUUGACAAUUGGCCCAGUCCUUACUUUUACAACUGAUGCAUUGCUAGAGCACACAAAAAAUUUACUUGCGAUACCAGGAUCAAAGCUGCUCUUUGGUGGUCAGCCUUUGGAGGACCAUUCAAUUCCACAAAUUUAUGGUGCUAUUAAACCAACUGCAGUUUAUGUUCCUCUUGAGGAAAUUGUGAAGGAUAAGAAUUAUGAUCUUGUGACAAAGGAAAUAUUUGGUCCUUUUCAGGUUGUUACUGACUACAAAAACCAUCAACUACCUAUUGUGUUGGAGGCUUUGGAAAAAAUGCACGCACACUUAACUGCCGCUGUAGUUUCAAACGAUCCCCUAUUCUUACAAGAAGUGAUUGGGAAUACAGUAAAUGGCACUACUUACGCAGGUCUAAGAGCAAGAACAACUGGAGCUCCACAAAACCAUUGGUUUGGACCUGCUGGUGACCCUAGAGGUGCAGGAAUUGGAACACCUGAGGCUAUAAAACUUGUAUGGUCUUGCCAUAGAGAAGUGAUUUAUGAUUAUGGACCAGUAUCAAAGGGUUGGGAAAUUCCUUCUUCAACAUGAAGAGUCCUAUGUAAGAGACUACUAAGUUAGAUGGCUGAUAUUAGUAUUUAGAAUAAAUUUUAGGGAAUCCGGCUUUAGAAUAAAUUUUAGGGAACCCGGCUUUGAUUAGCAGUAGAAAAUGAGGUGAUAUUUCCUAUCACAGUUUUAUAUUUAUAUGUAUUUUAGAAUAAACUUAAGUACAUUGAAUGUUUAUUUAGCUCAAAUUAGUAUUUUCCUUUCAUUUA